UCACCACAGCGUGUUUGGAUUAUUGAUGAAAACUUAGCCUGGGAUAAUCUAAUAUAUUUGGCAGUUGGUUGUGUGGAAUAUUUAAACCAACUCAUUCGGGUUGAAGCACCUCCAUUACCUCCUGAAAUUGCCCAAGAGAUUGAGAAGGCAAAAAAGAAAAGACAGCUAAAGCAUAAAUUGAGACCGUCUAUUCAGGAAAAACUUAUCGGAUAUAUAGGCCAGGACAAAGAAAAAGAUCAUAAAUUUGAUCUAACAGUUGACUAUAUCCUCACAUUAAAUGUAUUCAAGAAGACAAAUGCGCAUCAUGUCUUAUCGAAAUGA